CUCUUUCACUGUACCAGCUACCUGCAAAACCCAUGCCUCCCGCCGUUAAAAUUCCCUUACCUAAAGGAGCUGUCGGUGUUUCCUUCCGUGGCACUCCACCUGUUGUUAGUAAAGUCGCCGACGAAAGCCCGCUACUGGGCAAAGUCCAAGAAGGCUACAGCGUCCACUCCUUGAUUCUACCCAACGGCGAUGUCUUGUCCGCGGCCAAUCUUUCGACGUCCACGUUGGUUGCUGCGUUGAAAAAAAUGGUAACGAGGAAGGUCGCAAGCUGAAAUUCACCAUGGCCAUGCCCGAAGAGCUAAACAUUCAAUUACCUGCUGUUGAGUACCCAUCGUCUGGUCUGGGAUUCACUAUCCGAGGCCAUCCUCCCGCUGUGACUGAAAUUAGAGACGAGUCGCUUGAAAACUAAAAAGGAUCCUUCGUCGCCAACUUUGCGAAUCGGGAUGGUAGUCGAUCGAGUGGUUUUGUGGGAUGGUACAAAUUUGUUAGGACACGGUGCCGAGGAAAUCAUGUCAGCCUUGACGGACGAUUUAGCGUCCGCUACAACAUCUAGCAGUUGGACGCUGCAUCUCGUCAAACCCGGCAGAGAACUGCCUUCCAAAAGGGUUGUCCUUCCGGACUCCAAGACUAUCUUGUUACCACCAGUUCCAACACUGGGCAUCACGUUCGAGGAAAGUCUCGACAUUCGCACCAGAGCAACCACUGUUUCCUUGAUUCGACUAUCGGACGAUUCACCCUUGCGAGGGCUAGCCCGGGUAGGUAUGGUCGUCGCUACCCUCAAUGUAUCAGGUGGGGCCGUCUCCCAUCGAGGACUGUCGGCUAUGGAUUUGGGACAAACAUUGGCAGCUACGGCUUCGGAACAGGGGCGUACGAUCCUACUCAAGUCUCCGCAAAAUAAUUCCUUACCCAAAUUGUCGACAACACAGCUGUCUCUCCCUUCUGGCGCUGUAAGCGAUUGGGGUAUCAAGUUCUCUGAUAAUGCGAAACAGAUUUCUGCGGUAGUGGACGUAAAAGAUGAUUCGCCGUUGGCGCCUACCAUGCGUCCGGGACAGGUCAUUCUCAGCGUCGGUCUCCCCAACGGAAUAGAAUACGACGACCUUCCCACAGACGAACUCUACGCAGUUUUGCAUGAUUCGGCUAACGCUGCCGACCAAACCCGCUUUUGGAUUGUGGAAAACCGACCAGCCCCGCUCGUCGACGAGACUUUUGUUACUUUGCCGGCCGGCAAGUUGGGAGUCAACUUCGUCGGGGCGCCGCCCCGUAUUAAUAAGAUAUUGCCAGGAUCUCCUUUAGCUGGGAAAGUCUUCAUUGGACAGGUUGUCGAUACACUCGUGUUGCCACAAACGGACGAAAUCUUAUACCAACUAUCGGCCAAGGAAUUGGUCGGUGUGCUGGUUGAGACAAAUGAACACACGGACCGCGUGGCUCGUUUCAUCAAUCCAGAUACGCGAACGCUGACAGCUCCCCCUAUUUUGCCGUUACCAGAUUAUCGCGCACUGCCCUUACCCGCUUCGUAUCCACUUGGGAUCGGUAUGACGGACCUGAAUGGCUUGGUGACGAUCACCAGUGUCCGCAAAAGUAGUCCGCUCCUGAAGCCGGGUGCCGGUGGGGAGGCUACCCUGCUGGGUAUGGCUAUCGAUACCGUAAGCUUUCCCAACGGGCAGGUAUUAAUGCAACGAACGGCAGCCCAGUUCAACGAUGCACUCAAGAGUACGUCGGAUCAAGAAGGACGGAUCUUGCUCCUUAAGAACCCCAACUCCGACACUAUUGCCUUUUCGACACUCCCCGAUCGGUUGAAUAUAGCUUUGCCCGCAGGCAAGCUCGGCAUUACGUUUGGAAAGACCGUCCCGCCAAUGGUGGAAAGAUUUACGGAGGAUUCUCCUAUGAGCUCGAUUGUUCCAGUAGGAAUGUUUGCUGAUAUGUUGACACUUUCCAACGGUACCAUCUUGAGUGGAAUGACAACCCACGAACUCGUGGCUGAACUGAAUGCCUCAAGCGCCGAAAUCGAGCGGCACUUGUUGCUUAAGAAUCCUCGUAACCAAAAUCCAACUCCGGCGGAAGUUGUGCUUCCAGAUAAAGCCAUGGUGGUCUUACCGACCGGCACCCUUGGUGUGAGCUUCCGUCAAACAGCAUCCGGUUGUGUCGUUUCCCGGGUACACGAAGAAUCCCAAGUUUACCAUUUGAUUCGUCCUGGUAUGGCGGUGGACAUUUUGACAGUGAAGACUGGCCAAGUGUUCACCGGCUUGACGGCCAAGGAGUGCUGCCGUCUACUACGCGCCAGCAAGGAAACGAGCGGUCGCAAGAUGAUUCUAAAGAAUCCGGAGACGGCGAGUAUGUCGCAACGAAAUGUUGUCGUUUCCGAAUCCGGGGAUCUGACGUCGGUGAAUGGCGAUAAGGUGUACGAUGAUGAGAGCCACAGAGGCUAAAAAGAGGAUGCGUGUUUUGUUUUGGAAAAAGGAGACGAAUUUCCUCCGAUCUAUAUUUUAUGCCUACGUUUUGGAAUGAUUGGCUUUUUUUGACAACACAGCAGCAUUGAACAGUAAGCGAUUUUUAGUUUUUUGCCUUU